AUGCUGCAUAUCGCGAUCUUGGACGUCGAUGUCCCAGUCCCGACCGUCUACGCCGCCCGCGGCCUCUACAGCUCACAGUUCCGCGCACUGCUCCAGCCCGCCGCAGCACGCCUCAACCUCCCCGCAUCAAGCAUAUACACAACGGCCUUUGAUGUAGCCGGCGGCUCUCUUCCUCCUCUCCAAGCACUGCGGUCGUCGCCUCGAUCAACGACAAAUGGAGUAGCAGAUGAACAAGCACUCAACCCGCUUGCGCUGCCAAUAGACGGGAUCCUCAUCACCGGGGCGGCAGCGGGGGCCUACCAAGCAGCAAAACACCCCUGGAUCGUGCCACUACAGAACUUCAUCCAGACGGUCUUCGACGACUUCCCGCACGUCAAAAUGUUCGGUUCCUGCUUUGGCCAUCAGAUCAUCGCGCAGGCUCUUUUAUCAUCAGAUGCGCGCGGGGCAUCCGACUCAACCCCGCCACCAAGCGUAAAAGUCGAGCAAUCCCCAUAUGGGUAUGAAAUGGGCCUGGCAUCCGUAAAAGUCACCCCGGAGUUUAGCGCGCACUUCCCGGCGCUCUCGGAAACGCUCCCGCUGCCAAACGAGAUGCGGCUGCAGAUGGUCCACGGCGACUGGGUGGCUUUUCUUCCGGGUAAAGACAGACUGCCAGAGCCGUGGGUAAAUGUCGGAUCAACGGAGGCCUGUCCCGUCCAGGGCCUUUACUGUCCGGGCCGGGUGUUGACGUACCAGGGACAUUUCGAGUUCGAUGUGUUUGCGAACACGGAGACUUGCCUGGAGUUUGCGAGGCGGUACGGGUGGGAUCAGACCGAUGUGGAGAGGUAUCUGGGGUUGAUUGGAAAGGGGAGGGUUGAGGGCACUGUGGAGAAUGCAGAUGAUUCGAGGGCUGCAGCGGAGGUCGUUGUGUUGUUUUUUGGGCAGUGA